ACUUGUCAGAUUCCUAGAAAUGUUUCCCGAGAUUCUUAAUAAUGAAAAACUUCGAUUGGAGAACAUUAAGAAGAUCUAUGAAUCGAGCAAGUCUGGUUAUGAAUCGGCCAAACAGUUGUAUGAGCAGCAGGUCAACAAUCCGGAAGUUUCGGAUGAGCAAAAGUCGGAGAAUUUGGAGAAAUUGAAGGAGUCUCGUGGUGAUUUGGACAACUUGCAGAAGAAAAUCGUCGAGCUUCAGGCGAAGAUUGAGAACUUGAGCAAACUCGGCGGGCAACAAGGAAAUCCAUUCAAGAAGUUGUUCUAAUUUUUGAUAUUUUCUUAAAUGAACUUUCUUCCAGU